CCGAAGAGAACAGAUGGAUUGUCUGAUGUGCAUCUGGAUGUUUAGGUCCUGAAUCCUGUUUUUGCUUCUCAAAGUAAUGUCUGAGCAAUGCCCCCAAGGGCACAUAACGUUUAAUCUCAAACAGGUUGAUGUUAGGGGACCCAUUUUCAUUUUUUGGGGGGGGAGUUUUAAAGUUUUGGCAGACCUUUUACGUGGAUGUUAAGGUUUUUCUGUCCUCUUUUCAACUAUCAAUUGCCUAAAAGUACAAGGAUCUUUUUGGACCAAUUGAGGAUAUCAGUUUGAACAUCACAAGCAGUCCGGAAAGAACUGGCAAUCACAAGGAAAACUCUGGUUUGUAACUGAAAUCUAUGACUGUUUUUUUUUUUAAGAGUUUCUAAUAAUCUGUCUUUUAUUGCAAUUUGGAAAUAUCCACUUUAAACUCAGACUUGGACGUGUUUUUUUCAGAUUUUCACGUUCAAAAUUAAUUUAGUGGGACAUCCUAAACUUUCAUGCAGAUGGUGAAAAGUGGGAUCACCUCAGCCAGUCUGGACUGUGGAGGGCUCCCCUCCCUGCCCUCAUAGUCUAUCCUUGCCCCCAGCAGCAUGUCCCAGGCUCUGAGGCUGCCUCUAGUCCUCCUCACAGCACACUACCAUGAUCAGAUGGGCUGCUGGAGGGUGUAAGGCUGCUUUUGCCUCGUUCUGCUCCUGGGCUGGCGUAGAGUCUUGCUCUGACUCUGGGACCAGCUUCCAACCAAGGUCAUCAGGACUGCUUUCCUCCCUGUCUUUCUCUGUGCUGGUUGCACUGCUGGUUUGCUCCCUGUGCUUACCUGAGGUUGCCUGCCGUCAACUCCGCAGAAACAGACCAAGGUCCCCUGACCUGGAAAUAUCUGGUGUUCCACAGAACAUUUCAAAGAGUGAACUAAUUUCUAGAACUAGAGCCACCAGGGGUCCGUCCAAUUGGGCUGGAGAACCACAGGGGAGGCAUGUGCGCAGCUACAAUCACCUACAAGGGGACAUACGUAGGAGAAAGUUGUUCUCUUUCCAGAAGUUUUUCCUGAGGAUCGAUAGAAAUGGACAAGUCAAUGGAACCAAGAGCAAGGAUGACCCGCUCAGUAUUUUGGAAAUUACAUCAGUGGAAGUGGGAGUGGUGGCCAUUAAAGGGCUGAACAGCAACUACUAUCUGGCCAUCAGCAGGAAAGGAGAGCUGUACGGAGCGAGAGAGUUUGGUGUUGACUGCAAGCUGAAGGAGCGCAUUGAGGAGAACGGCUACAACACGUAUGCGUCGGCUGAGUGGAAGAACAAGAAGCGGCAGAUGUUCGUGGGGCUGAACGUCCACGGGAAGCCGCUGAGGGGAAUGAAAACUCGCAGGAAGAAAACGGCAACCCACUUCCUUCCAAUCAUGGUGUGAAUCAGGGAGCCCACCUGGAGUGGAAGCAACUACACAAAGCACUGGACAUGAGAGGUCUUCAAUACCAGGCAGUCAUGAAAUAAAGACAUGUAUUGAAAUAUCUCUCAAUUGGCAAUAGAAAAAAGGCACUAACACUGUUACACAAAGUGAACUCUGAUUUGGUUGAGAUUACGUAUUUCUUCUGGGUGAGAGAUGUUAAACUGAGUUUUGAGUGGCACCAAAAGCAGGGGUUAUCUUUAUGAUUUUACUGUGCCAAACAGUUUAAUGCUGGAGUUUGUGUAUAAUGUGGACAGCACAGAAGAUACUAUCCAAGCUCUAGAUGUGUCUAAAUGUGUUAUUUAUAAUCCAAAUUCUACAGAGAGAGAGAGAGAAGGGACAGACAGAAAGGUAAUAAUCAGAUUAUCAUGACAGCAUGAAAUAUUAAGAAUUAAAGCACAUUUAAAGUAAUUGUCUGAUACUUAACCACUGCGUUUUGCCUGAAUUUUAAUGAUUUAUUUAUUUUUGUGAGAUAUUUAACUGGAAGGAACACCAGCAAUCCUCUGCAUUCUACUUUUUAUAGGAUCUCUGUCAUGUGAAAAUAAAACUACCAUUCUUCUUCUCUGCA